AUGACAACAGUAAUCAACACCAUUGUCCAAACACCUAUUUCUAUUCUGUUGGAGGCUGUAGCCAGCUUGUUGGAAGAAAAGGUGGAUCUAAUCUUGAAUGCAGAUGACGAUCUCGAGGAGCUCCAGGAGAAGGUGAGAUGCUUCCAAAAGGCACUCAAAGUCACAGAUCACAAGCCCUUUUUCAGCAAUGAGCACAACAGAGAUCUGGAGGGACAGCUGAAGGAUGUUUUCUAUGAUGCUACCAAACCACAACUGCACUUUGCAAAAGGGACAAGGAGUGACAUUCCUAUUGGUGGUGAACAUGACAAUUCUCGAGAGACAACCCAUCUCAUAGGUAUUGCACAACCACCCAUGCGUAGGGCAGAUGAUAAAGAGAAAGUAAAAGAACUCUUGUUUGAUGGCUUUAAAGAGAGUAGUGCGCUUGGAAAAGAUAGUGUUUCUAUUGUAUCUGUUGUAGGUCAAGCUCUUUCUUCUACCAAGAUAAAAACAGAGAAGGAGAUGACAUCAGUAAUCGACACCCUUGUACAAACACCUAUUUCUAUUCUGUUGGAGGAUGUAACCAGCAUGUUGAAAGAAAAGGUGGACCACAUCUUGAAUGCCAAAGAUGAUAUCGAGGUUCUCAAAGAGAAGUUGAGAUGCUUUCAGAAGGCCCUAAAAGUCGUAGAUCAGAAGCCCUUUUUCAGCAAUGAGCGCAGUAGAGAUCUGGAGGGAGAGCUGAAGGAUGUUUCCUAUGAUGCCCAGGACAUCAACGAAGGAUACCAAACCACAAUCGCACUUUGCAAAAGGGAAAAGCAUUCUAUAACUUCAUGGAACAAGGCAGGGAGGAUGAUAAAAGAAAAUAAUAAGAUGAUGGUAGAUGUGUUUGGAAGAGAUAUUGGUGGUGAGGGUCUUGUUCAUGGUGAACAUGACAACCCCCCAGAGAUAACCCAUCACAUGGGUGUACAACCACCCACAGGCAGGGAGGAUGAUAAAAAGGUGAUAGUAGAAAAGCUUUUGCUGAAUGACUCCAUAGAGAGAAGUAAGACACAAAAGCGUGGUGUUUCUAUUAUUUCUAUUGUAGGAAAGGGUGGAAUCGGCAAAACAACUCUUGCAAAAAUGGUCUUUAAAGAAUUUGAAGAACAUUUUGGGAAACAUAGAUGGUGGGUUUGUGUUUCAGAAAGGCCAAACCGUAAAGAUUUGGUGCGGCAGAUACUAAGGGAAGUAUGCAAGGGAUCUGGAGAAAACCCUGAUUGUUCCUUGAGUGAGUUGUGCACACAAUUACGGAACGAGCCUUCAAAGGGAAAAUUUUUGUUGGUCCUAGAUGAUGUGUUGGAACUGAAAUGGUCGGAGGAAGAGGUAGAGGGAACAUUGAUGAUGGGUGUAAUGGGGAGCAAUAUUUUGAUGACCAGUAGAAACAAAAAUGUAUCCUAUGGGAUGCGUGCUUUUUAUAUGCAUGAAUUACGAGAAUUUAGUUUUGACCAAAGCUGGGAGUUGUUUCUAAAGGAGACAUUAAGAGAAGGCCAAACAGAAGAAGAUUUGGUGAUGCACAAGAUCAGACAUGUUGGAAAGAGAAUAGUAAGGAAGUGUGGUGGGUUGCCGCUUGUGAUUAAGACGGUAGUGUCGAUGAUGCAUACCAAGAAAAUGCAUACUGAAGAUUGGAAAUUCAUCGAGGGUAGUAAGAUAUGGGAAUGGAAGAUGCCUGCUGCUGAAAUUGGGGGCAAAAUUCUUCCAGGUUUGCGGGGAGAAACGGUGAAAGUGAUCGAUGCAAAGAAUGUACAUCUUAAGGAGAGGCAUGAGCUAAUUGGUGUGGAAUUGGACUUCAAGGUGGGAGACAAUGACACAGUGGAUAGUGCUUCUGAAGAGAGGGGCUUGCUGGAGGCUUUGGAACCUCCACAUUGCAUAGAGAGGUUGGGAAUUUGUGGUUAUAAAGGAGAUGGGCCUGCGUGGUAUUUGGACACCAACUAUGUGGAGCUGUCGAUGCUACGCCUAGAAUGUUGCCCAUCAUGGGCAACAGUGAUAGGAAUUAAAUCAUUGGAAGAAUUGAAGGUCAAGUACUGCCCAACAUUGUAUGAAUUGCCGAGCAUGCCUUUGCUGAAGUCCUUGAAGAUUUGGGAGUGUGAUGGGCUUCACACGAUUGAUGACUUGCCGGCAUUGGAGUCGUUGGAUGUGAACAGAUGUAAAAAGCUGAAGACUCUCGCUAACAUGCCUUCAUUGAAGCCCUUGAAUAUUAGGAAGUGUGAUGGGCUCAAGACUAUUCGUGAUUGGUCUGCCCUUAAGUGGUUGACAGUGGAUGAAUUGGACGUGAAUAAUAUUACUCCCCAACAAAAUGAAACAACAUGUCCUACUGAUGCAAAGCGACAGAUUGCCUGCCUCUCGAAGCUUGAACAUUUAGCUACUUCUGGAUGUCCAGCACUUCAUCUGCCGUAG